AUGGCACUCAAUGUACAUUUGCAAAUGUACCAUAAACAAAUAGGCAUUCCUACAACAUUCAAUAAAUACUCAUCGCAUAUGGGUCACUAUCAUUGCCCAGUAAAAACUUGUACGUUUCAUUGUUGUUAUGGUAAUUGUCAAUUUGCUCAAUCGGCGUCAUCGUCGUUUUCAAGUUUCAAUGCCCAUUAUUUGAGGCAACAUGGUGCGAAAAAGCAGCAGUGCUCGAAGUGUUUGAAGUCGUUCGGUCUACAUCAGGAUCUUAUAGCUCAUGAGCGAAUUUGUGGUAUUCAAUGUCCGUUUUCUUGUUCAAACUGUCAACAGCAAUUUCAUAAUCGAACAAGUUUACGACGACAUCAAUUGAAAUAUCACACAGAUUCGUAUGACGCUCCUACUACGACAAAGCUUCCCCCUUUAUCCAAACAGAAAGAACCUCGAAAACGACCCAAUCGUCGUCGUCCUCUUCCAGCACAUCAAAUCGAACUACCUCUUCCUUCCACUGCUCAUUCAUCGGUGAUUAUCAAUCCUCAUGCAUUAGCAUUACUCAAAAACUUCAAUUCAGAAUCACAAUUCGUUUCCCCUGGAACAAAUCCACCUAUCAGCAUCAAUAAAUCUACUCAAACGAAUACUUAUGUUUCCAUCGGUACAGAAUGUUGUUCAUUUUCUUCACCGACUCAAACCAUCGAACAAAAAUCAAGUCAAACAACCAAUUCUGUAAGAUUACCUAAAAACCGCACACGGUAUUCUUCUUCAAUUUCCAGCGUGUCACAAUGGAAACCUAUUCAUGUUAUUGACAAGGAAACACAAAUGUCUUCUCCGAUACGCUGUGAUAUGUGUAUUCAAACUAUGAAUCCAAUUUCCAAUUUACCAUCGCACUCUUCUGAACCUGAUUCGCAUGUUAUAACUCAAACAAUUCCUAUUCCGACGACGUCUACAGAGAUGCAAACAAUGAAUGACUAUUCACUGGAACAUACAACCAAUUUAAGUAGCACUUGUCCUCUCUUUCCCGAACAAGAAUCUAAUGGUACAUCAUGUUUACUUGACGAUUUCUUGCUGAACGGCCUACCAUCGUCAGUUCUAUCCGAUAUGAACACAAUGGAUUUACUCGAUCUUAUUGAUAAUAGUACACAAACAUAUUCAUCUAUUGCUAAUCACCAGACACAGACUAUAGCAGAUUGGGACAAUAUGCUGAUCACAGAAGAUGAAUACAUUCAAAUGAUUAUCAAGAGCUAA